ACAUAAAUAAUCACCAUACAACAAACAUUUUUCGCGCGCAAUUUCUCGCCAUCCAUAAACGGAAAUCACCCGUGUCACCCACCGCCGUGAUAAACGAUGAUGAUGAACCGGGUUUUGACAACGCCAGCCUUCCGUCUUCGCCAAUCCCUUACACGGCCCAAUGCCAAAACCGUAGCCUCAGAUCAAGUUAAUAGCGAAACGUUAUGGCAUUAUCAGAUCCUUGAUCCAAAUGGAGAAGUCGUGACACGAUGGAACCAUUUCUUUCUUGUGAUGUGUCUCGUGUCGCUCUUUAUAGAUCCUCUUUAUUUUUAUUUGCCUUAUGUUGGGGGAGAUACAUGUAUGACAACAGAUAAUAAAGCCGCGAUUGCUAUCAAUACGUGGAGGUCUAUCGCGGACGUGUUUUUUGUUUUACAUAUUAUUAUGAAGUUUCGUACCGCGUUUGUGGCUCCUAGUUCUAAGGUUUUUGGAAGAGGGGAACUCGUUAUGGAUAAGCGGCAGAUUGCAAGAAAGUAUUUGAAGGGUGAUUUUAUCAUAGAUGUGGCCGCGUCUCUCCCUUUGCCCCAGAUAGUUAACGAGCUCAUCAUACCAGCAACAAAACGGAACACCAAAAAUCAUGCUAACAACACGCUUUCUCUUAUCGUUCUAAUUCAGUAUAUCCCAAGAUUGUUUGUCAUAUUCCCAUUAAAUCAGAGGAUUAUAAAAUCUACUGGCUUUGUAGCCAAGACAGCCUGGGCAGGAGCUGCUUACAAUCUCCUCCUUUACAUGCUUGCUAGUCAUGUCUUGGGGGCUUCAUGGUAUUUGAUGUCUAUUGGGCGCCAGCAUUCCUGUUGGCAACAAGGGUGUAAAGAGGAGAUGGCAUCGAAAGUCUGUAUAAGUUUUUUGGACUGUAACAGCGUAAAUCAACCUGAACGCAAAAAAUGGCUUGAAUCAACCCGUUUGAGAACUCUGUGUGACGCUAGCAAUGAAACUUCUCCUUUCAAAUUUGGUAUGUUCGCGGAUGCUUUCACAAGCGAAGUUGCUUCAUCCAAGUUCUUCGAGAAGUACUUAUACUGCCUUUGGUGGGGCUUGAGAAAUUUGAGUUCAUAUGGCCAGAAUCUGGAAACUAGUAUAUAUAUUGGUGAGACAUUGUUCUGCUCUGCCAUAUGUAUUGGGGGUUUAAUUCUAUUUGCACAAUUGAUAGGAAAUAUGCAGACAUACCUGCAAUCCAUGACGGUGAGACUUGAAGAAUGGAGAAUCAAGAAAAGAGACACAGAGGAAUGGAUGAGGCAUCGGCAAUUACCUCAAGAUUUGCAAGAUAGGGUUCGGCGUUUUGUUCAAUAUAAAUGGUUGGCUACUAGAGGUGUGGACGAAGAGUACAUUCUGCAGUCGUUGCCCAUAGAUCUCCGUCGUGAGAUACAACGUCAUUUAUGCCUUAAUCUUGUUCGCCGAGUACCUUUCUUUUCACAAAUGGAUGACAACCUUCUUGAUGCCAUCUGCGAAAGACUUGUGUCAUCCUUAAGCACCCAAGGAACCUACAUUGUUCGUGAAGAUGAUCCAGUAAACGAAAUGUUGUUUAUCAUUAGAGGACAAUUAGAAAGCUCAACAACCGAUGGAGGAAGAUCAGGGUUCUUCAAUUCCAUCACACUUAGACCAGGUGACUUCUGUGGUGAAGAAUUACUCACAUGGGCGUUACUACCAAACCCCACAAGCUAUCCUUCUUCAACAAGAUCCGUUAGAACCUUGACUGAAGUAGAAGGCUUUGCAUUACGAGCCGAAGACCUUAAAUUUGUAGCCAACCAAUUUAAAUAUCUUCAUAGCAAGAAACUACAACAUGCAUUCAGGUAUUACUCUCACCAAUGGAGAACAUGGGGUGCUUGUUUUAUUCAAGCAGCAUGGCGAAAAUACAAAAGAAGAAAGCUUGCUAAAGAAUUAGCUCUUCAAGAAAACGCGUAUUACAAUCAAGAUGGAGAGAUGGUGGAUGGUUAUUACUAUGAGUCAGGGAGCGACGGCAGCUCUCCUUCGAGUGAAGGUCAUGGCGGAGGUCAACAAUUUGGAGUUAGUGCCACCAUUUUGGCAUCAAGGUUUGCUGCAAAUACAAGAAGAGGAAUUGGUCAUCAUAAAGUUACUUCAGUUGAUUCUUCUACUAGUCUCAAAAUGCCUCAAUUGUUUAAACCAGAUGAGCCUAGAUUUUGA